AACACCAAAAACAUUCCCCCUCUGUAUGUCCUAACAGGAAGUAACAAGUCAGUUAUGUAGCUACUUUCCAUCAAUGUUUUGACUCGACAUGGCUUCCCUGAAAACCCUGCUGGCUUAUUCCAGUAGGCUUCUUCCGACAUUAAGGAAGCAGACUCCUGCCACUAACAUCCAGAGGAUCCCCUUCGUCCCAGCUCUCUUUAGACGCCUAGACGGUAGUUUUAUUAUUUUUGGGCGACGAUGCAGUUCUACAGCAUCCAAUGCAGAAAAAGGUGAGGACUCCUUUCUCAAGUGGUUCCUGCUGCUCAUCCCUGUGACCACCUUUGGUCUGGGAACAUGGCAGGUAAAAAGACGCCAAUGGAAGAUGGGACUCAUUGAUGAGCUGAAACGUUUGACCACAGCGGAGCCUGUCCCCCUACCUCCUGAUCCUGUUGAAGUGAACAAGCUGGAGUACAGAAGGGUGAAAGUUCGCGGGCACUACGAUCACUCUCAGGAGCUCUACAUCAUGCCCCGCUCACCUGUCGAUCCAGAGAAAGAAGCUAGAGAGGCAGGGAGUCUGUCCUCUAGUGGAGAGAUUGGAGCUAAUGUUAUCACACCUUUUCACUGCUCUGACCUUGGCAUCAAAAUACUGGUCAACAGAGGAUACGUACCAAGGCAGAAAAUACGACCGGAGACCAGAAUGAAGGGGCAGGUGGAGGAUGAGGUGGAAGUGGUGGGGGUCGUCAGGCUUACAGAACCUCGUAAACCGUUUGUUCCGAACAACGACGAAGAGAGAAACCGUUGGCAUUACCGUGACUUGGAGGCCAUGUCUCGCAUCACUGGAGCUGCUCCCAUCUUAAUCGACGCCGACUUCCAGAGCACGAUUCCAGGAGGACCAGUUGGGGGACAGACCAGAGUCACACUGAGGAAUGAACACAUGCAGUACAUCAUAACUUGGUAUGGAUUGUGUGCAGCUACUUCCUACAUGUGGUAUACCAAGUUCAUCAAGAAGAUUAAAAUAUAAUAUUUCUUGAAAAUGUUGAUUCAUUUAUGUCUGUGUUGUUUGUGUCUCUAAAAAUACAAAUAAAUACCUUAUAAACAAA